AUGCGGCCACCCUCCUCCUGGGUUCGCCAGUACGGCCGUAGGGCCUCAAGGAGGCUUCUAGCUACCAUAGCAAGCGAACACCCUACAACUCCACAAACUAUCAUCGAAAAGGUCGUGCAAAAGUACGCUGUAGGUCUACCGGAGGGCAAAAAGGUCAAGGCUGGGGACUAUGUUAUGAUUCGGCCUGAACAUGUUAUGACCCACGACAACACAGGACCUGUUGUGUCCAAGUUCAAGUCGAUAGGGGCGACUCGCAUCCAUAACCCCAAGCAACCCGUGUUCACCCUUGACCACGAUGUGCAGAACCGGUCAGACAAAAAUCUGAAGAAAUAUACCAUGAUCGAAGCCUUUGCACGCACGCACGGAGUUGACUUUUACCCCGCAGGACGGGGAAUUGGCCAUCAAGUUCUGGUGGAGGAGGGAUAUGCCUUCCCACAGACCUUGACGGUGGCUAGCGACAGCCACAGCAACAUGUACGGUGGCGUUGGAUGCGUCGGUACUCCAAUUGUGCGUACUGACGCGGCUGCCCUCUGGGCUACGGGCAAGACUUGGUGGCAAGUCCCCCGCAUGAUCAAAGUCGAGCUUAAAGGCCGGCUAGCCCCUGGUGUUACUGGCAAGGAUGUUAUCGUGGCUCUGUGUGGAUCUUUCAACAAAGACGAAGUCCUCAACGCAGCUUUGGAAUUUACCGGAGAGGGUGUUGCAGCCCUAACUGUGGACGAACGGUUAACUAUCGCAAAUAUGACCACGGAGUGGGGAGCCCUCGCAGGUGUCUUCCCUGUUGACGAGACUCUCCUCAACUGGUACGACGGUGUGAUCAAGAAACUCGAACUCAGGACAUUCUCUUCAUCUCCCGGCAUCCCCCCGCCUCCGACCCAUCCUCGAAUCAACGGGGAGCGUCUGCAGGCUCUUCGGGCGAACAUUUUGAAAUCGGACCCUGGAGCCGAAUAUGCGUCGCAUCUCGUGUUCAACCUCUCCACACUCGUUCCACACGUCUCGGGACCUAACAGCGUAAAAGUGUCUACUCCCCUGCCUGUUCUCGAAGAGAAGCGCAUCCCGAUCCAGAAAGCGUACCUCGUCAGUUGCACUAAUUCACGUGCGUCAGACAUCGCUGCUGCCGCGGCUGUUAUGAAAGGUCACACAGUCGCGCCAGGCGUCGAGUUCUACAUCGCCGCUGCAUCUUCAGCUGUCCAGCUCGAGUCUGAGCGAUUAGGCGACUGGGACACGCUCGUGCUCGCCGGUGCGAAGACGCUCCCUGCCGGAUGCGGUCCCUGCAUUGGACUUGGCGUCGGAUUGCUGGAGGAUGGUGAGACUGGAAUCAGUGCGACGAAUAGGAACUACAAAGGACGGAUGGGCCACCCUAACGCACAGGCAUACCUCGCAAGCCCAGCUGUCGUCGCCGCGAGCGCGAUCAAGGGAUAUAUCUGCGGCCCCGACCCCGUAUCCACCGCCUCACUGCCCCCGGUAGGCGCACCCGCCUUCUCCGUUGUCGAUGAUGCCACGAACAGUAAAGCUACCGCUACCGACGCGUCCGCGAAAGAGCCUCUUCUCCCCGAGUUCCCAGCGUAUUUCGCCGGCCCACUGCUGUUCGCGCCGCAGGACAAUCUGAACACGGACGGCAUCUAUCCAGGCAAAUACACGUACCAGGACGACAUCACGCUUGCACGUCAAGCGGAGGUGGUCAUGGAGAACUACGACCCCGGCUUCGCACCACUUGUCGCCUCGCUCGUGACCGACCUCGAAACUAAGCCCUUUGCUCUCUCUCCUGCCGCUACCGUCGAUGAAGACAAGAAGGGCAAGGCGGGUGUGGUGUUGGUCGCUGGUUACAACUUUGGCACGGGGUCCUCGCGCGAGCAGGCUGCGACCGCGCUGAAGGCGGCCGGUGUCCCACUUGUCAUCGCGGGUUCGUUUGGCGACAUCUUUAAGAGGAACGCGAUCAACAAUGGGCUCGUGUGCCUUGAAUCCCCUGAGCUUGUGCGCGAUUUGACUGAAGCGUACGCGAAGGAAGGCAAACGUGGCGCUGGUGGCAAGGACGGCGAGCUGACUGUUGACAAGGGCCUGAGCAUCAAGGUCGGAAUGGAGGACGGAAAGGUCGUCGUCGUUGGUGGUGCCAGUGGUGAGAAGGUGUAUACUGUUAAACCUGUAGGUGCAAGCGUGCAGGAGCUCUGGUUGUGCGGUGGACUGGAGGGCUAUAUCUUGAAGGAGAUCAAGGCCGAAGCUGCUGCUACUGCUGCUUAA